AUGGACCAAAUUCUUGCGUUACCACCGCAAUCUCCACAAAUCAGAUGCGACAGAUCUCACCAUAAUUACGAUUUAUGCGAGAUCACUGUUCCUACAGUUCUCGACUCUGCAACAUCUACUUUCUUCCUUCUUGACUCUUCCACCUCAACGCUGCCUUCAACUGUGGAAAAAAUUAGGCCUUAUCCUCGAAAAUGGGAGAAGUUUGUGAUGAAAAGAAUCAAAGAACUCACCAUAACAUCAGGCCCCGAAAUCCCAGUAUGUAAGGUAAAGCACAAUGUUCCAGCUUUGGUAUUCAGCGUUGGGGGGUACACCGGCAACUUUUGGCAUGAAUUUAACGAUGGGUUCAUUCCCCUCUUCAUCACCGUUAACUCAAUUUUCCCUGAUCAAGAUUUUGUUCUUGUUAUCAGUAAGGCUAGCGAUUGGUGGGUAAACAAGUAUGCAGAUUUGUUACAAACAUUCAGCAAGUAUCCUAUCGUCAAGCUGGACGACGAUAACACCACUCAUUGUUUUACUUCUGCAACUUUGGGUCUUAUCUCACAUGGAUUCAUGACUAUAGACCCUGCAUUGAUGCCAAACUCAAAAACAUUCCUCCAUUUUCGUGCCUUCCUCGAGAAAUCCUAUAGCAAUGGCCGAAACCACCCAACACUGAAGCGCAAUUCUCUGGUUGCCAGGCCGCGGCUUGUGGUGCUGAGUCGAAAAGGUAGCCUUGGACGUGCUAUAUUAAAUCAAGAUGAAGUAAAACGUAUUGCAGAAGAAGUAGGUUUUGAUGUUAUUGUAUUCACACCAACUGCUAAGACCCCUUUGCAAGAAGCUUAUGCUCUUAUAAAUUCAAGUCAUGCAAUGCUUGGGGUACAUGGUGCAGCUCUAACACAUUCAUUGUUUCUUCGGCCGGGCUCGGUGUUCGUGCAGGUGGUGCCGUUAGGGCUGGAAUGGGUGGCGGAGGUUUGUUUUGCAAAGUCAGCUUGGGCCAUGGGGUUGAAUUACAUGGAAUAUAAGAUUAACGCAGAGGAGAGUACCUUGGUAGAAAAGUAUGACAAGAACGAGCUAGUGAUAAAAGAUCCAGGUGCUUAUCGAGGAAAUAAUUGGACGGAAGCUAUUAUGAACAUAUAUUUGAAAGAGCAAAAUGUAAAUUUUGAUCUGGUUAGAUUUAGAGAAUAUAUGAAGGAAGUGCAUAAGAGGGCCAAACAAUUUAUGGAAAUGGAAGGAUAG